UUUCCUUUGGGAUAGAAACCUUUGUUUGAAAACAGUGCGUCGGAUAUACGCAGUUCAAAAUCUCUUAUUUGAAACGGUAAAAUUUUGAUUCGUAUUUAGGAUCACGAAUUGUAUCCUUCGUACGCGCGCUCCCCUAUUUGAAACGGUAAAAUUUGAUUCGUACUUAUGAUCACGAAUUGUUUCCUUCGUACGCGCGCAGUUGAAAAAUCCCCUUUUGAAACGAGAACGCUUGAUUCUUAAAAGUAUUUCAGAGUAAUUGCUUUGGUGUUUAAAGCGCAGUAGCCAUGGAGGGAAGCGAUGAUAAUGGGAACAGGAAUGCUUUGUUGGAACGAUACUAUGAUGCGCGAUGUCCAGGUUGUAGGAUGGAUCGCAUAAAGGAAGAGCAACGAGGAGUACCAUACAAGUACUUGUUGUAUAUCUGGAUUGUCUCUCUCUGCGCUGCUCUGCCAAUAUCAUCACUUUUUCCGUUCAUUUAUUUCAUGAUCAGGGACUUCCAUAUUGCAGACAAAGAGGAAGAUAUUGGUUACUAUGCUGGAUUUGUGGGAUCUUCGUUUAUGAUUGGAAGAGCUUUGACAUCUCUUUUAUGGGGAGUGGCAGCUGAUCGUUAUGGUCGAAAACCUAUCAUAUUGAUAGGGACAUUUUCAGUGGUUGUAUUCAAUGCUCUCUUUGGCCUUAGUACAAGCUUCUGGAUGGCACUUACAAUGAGAUUUCUUCUUGGAUGUUUCAAUAGUCUACUUGGCACCAUAAGGGCAUAUGCUUCCGAAGUCUGUAGAGAAGAACACCAGGCUUUAGGACUUUCAGUUGUUAGCACAUCGAGAGGCAUUGGUCUCAUUAUUGGUCCUGCCAUUGGAGGUUUUUUGGCACAGCCUGCGGAGAAAUAUCCAAAUGUUUUUGCUGAGAGCUCAAUUUUCGGGAGGUUUCCUUAUUUUCUACCGUGCCUACUAAUAUCAGGUUAUGCUAUGGGUGCGAUUAUUGCUUGUUCGUGGCUUCCUGAGACACUACAUAUUCAUAACAGAGAAGUAAUUAAAAGAUGUGAUCCGUGUGAUGUAAUAGAAGCUUCUCCAGAUGAACCUGCAGAAGCUAAAAAGUCUGAAGGAGUUCAACAAAGAGAGGCAUCUGAUUAUGCAAAACUAUUUAAGAACUGGCCUUUAAUGUCUACCAUCACGGUAUAUUGCGUAUUCUCACUUCAAGAAGUGGCUUAUUCUGAAAUAUUCUCACUUUGGGCAGUGAGUGACAAGAAGUAUGGGGGGUUGAGUUUUUCAUCUCAGGAUGUUGGUGAAGUUUUAGCAAUCUCUGGUUUUGGUCUUCUAUUGUUUCAACUUUUGUUGUAUCCACCAAUUGAGAAAAUACUUGGGCCUAUGAUGAUAACCCGCAUUUCAGCGGCAAUGUCGAUACCCUUGCUUUCAAGUUAUCCCUAUAUAGCUUUGCUAUCAGGGAUCACCCUUCAUGUGAUAAUAAACUGUGCAUCGAUAUUGAGGAAUACCUUAUCUGUGUCUCUUGUCACUGGAUUAUUCAUACUGCUGAACAACGCCGUGCCCCAAAGUCAAAGAGCUGCUGCUAAUGGCAUUUCCAUAACCGCCAUGUCUGUUUUCAAAGCAUUUGGCCCAGCAGGAGGGGGUGCUCUCUUCUCUUGGGCACAAAAACGACAAGUUGCUGCCUUCCUCCCUGGUGAUCAGAUGGUCUUCUUCGUAUUAAACGUGGUCCAAUUUGUUGGAUUGCUGCUGACUUUCAAGCCAUUUUUAGCCAUACCAUGAUCGGAGCAGAAUUUGAAUUCUGUUUGUUAUUGUGUUUUGCAACAGAGUAUUUGGCGCAUUGUAUAAUUCAAGAUUUGAUAGCUUAUGAUAGUAUUUGAUGGCAGAACAUUCCGCUUCUGGAACCAGCUUUCUCAAUGCAAUGUAACAGCCGCUUACUCCAGAGAAAUAAAGUACACUGAGUUUGUUCUC